AUGGCAGACCCCUCGCAGCAGCCCAACUACUAUUCCGGACAACCACAACAACAACAACAACAACCUGUGGACGUGAAUCAUCCAGCUUUUGUAUACCACCCACAGGAACAGCCUUCUGGUUACCCACCUCCUCCGCCCCAGCCGCCGCGACCGCAUGAAACCACGGCACCGGGCUAUGAUCCCCCGGGUCCCCCUCUCCCGCAAAGACCCAACGUCCAGGGAAACUUUGAUGUUGAAGCUCAAACGACUCCUUAUCCACAGCCGCCCGUCUACAACCCGGCCGCUUAUGCUCCCGGCCAACAACACCAGCAAUUCCAACCACCGCCCCAGCGCUACAAACAAACAUUCACCGCUGACGAUGAUCCAAAUAACCUGGUCCACUACAUCCGCGAUCCUCAUAAACUGAUAGGAUACUUGGUCCCGUUCCCACGCCCAGUGCUUGCCAAUGUCAAUCCAGAAACCAUCCCAGCCCGUUUUAUGAUCUACACGCCGCCACCACCUCCACUGCAAAAGCCAGCUGAAGGCGAGAAGGAAGGCAAGUUGCACAAGGUCCAGCGGAAAUGGCAAGAAGAGGUCCGCUCCUCAAAGACCAGCACCGCCAAAACCGCCAGCUGGAAGGGUGUCAAAUCUAAAGCAACACGCGGGAUCGAUUGGGCCAUCCAUAAAACAACAUCUUCGAACUUGGACUUCCUGGGCCGUGUAUCUCCUGGGCCUCAACAGACGCAUUCCGACGAUGAGAGAGACCACGAAGGCCCUGAAACGCACAAGACGGUAGCAGUCGAGGAAAUGGUACUCGUUUAUCCACCCACUAUGAACCUCACCGACCAACAGAUGCGCGAGGAAUUCGUCAACACAAUGCUGCGGACAAAAUCCAAGGCGCAGAGAGAUACCAUCAUCGCGACCGGGCUUAUGCCGGUGGCUUACGGGAUUGAUAUCCUUGCUACAUUCAUCUGGCCGUUCGGCGGGCUGGGCGAGAUCGAUACAGUCUGGGCCUAUGCGAGUUUCCGUGGCGCAAAGACCGCAAGAACCGUGACGAAGCGGUUGACGAGCUCAACUCAGUCGUCUCCCGGCCAUGAAGACGAAUCAAGCAAGUUGAAACUCACAUUCACACACUCUCAGCGGCUCGAAAUCCUUCGCAAGUACCUCGAUGCGGAAUGCCACAAGGCUGAUUCCAAGCUGUUCCCGCACUAUGAACAUUCUCCUACUGAAAGCGAUGUAUUGGAGGCGAUAGGAUGGACUCCUAGUCGAGACACCGAGGAGAGGAAUUGGGAGGAUGAACAUUGGGAAAUGCAAGAAGUCAAGGAGGAUUUGAAGACGGUGUUCAAGAAAGCGGCGAGUGAGUGGAGAAAGUGGUGCCUGCUGCUACAGAAGAAGUAA